CUCUUGGAAAAAGCCAAAGCUCCCCCAUCGAAAUAAUGGAACAAAAGGAGGAGAGAGACAGACUGAGGACUGUGAAUUUCUAGAGGGAGAGGGCGGGGAAGGUGAGGGUUUUAGAGAGGGAAAGUGAGCUUAGCGGGGCGGGGAAAUGGGGCAGAUCGUCAAGAGGAAGAAGAAAGGGAGGCCCCCGAAGUCGGAUCUGGCCAGGAGGGCGCUCGCGGAGGACCUUGAGCAGGAAUCGAGGGUCCGCCGGAGCGUCCGCCGCCGGAAUGUCAGGUACAACUUCGUCGACUACGACGACUUCAUCGACGACGACGAUUACUUCGAGGAGGACGAGGUGGACGAGGAGGAAGAGCGGAGGCGGGAGAAGAAGGUGAAGCUCGUCGUGAAGCUGAACCAGGGGGGGCGUGGGGUCCACGCGCGUGUUGGCGGCCCGUCGGAUGAGGAGGAGGAGGAGGAGGCCGAGGCCGAGGACGACGGGCGGGAGGAGGAGGAGGAUGACGAUGAGGACGAGCGGGGAAGGAAGGUCGUGAAGAAGAGGAGGAUCAGCAGCGGCGGCGGAGGGGAAGAUGAGGAGGAGGAGGACGACGACGAGAAUGAGGCUCAUCGUGGCCCCGAUGAUGAUGAGGAAAAGGGACCUGUUAAAGGGGACUCCAAAGAGCUCGACUCUCCUCCAGGAACUCCGGCUGGAGCUGUGUCCAGUGUGCCUCUGCCCGAUACGAAGAAACUUGAAUUGAUACUCGACAAACUUCAGAAGAAAGAUACAUAUGGUGUUUAUGCUGAACCAGUUGAUCCUGAGGAGCUUCCGGAUUAUCAUGACGUGAUAGAGCAUCCAAUGGACUUCUCGACUGUGAGGAAGAAGCUUGCGAAUGGAUCUUACUCUACGUUGGAACAGUUUGAGAGUGAUGUCUUCCGUAUUUGCUCAAAUGCGAUGCAAUACAAUGCACCAGAUACGAUAUACUAUAAACAGGCACGUACCAUUCAAGAACUUGGCCGGAAGAAAUUUCAAAAACUGAGGACCGACUAUGAACGAUCUGAGCGGCAGCACAGGUUGGAACAAAUCACCAAGAAUGACUUUGAUAGCUCUGAGAAAGAGCUCAAGUCUGAACAAAAAAUGAAAUCCAGUGUCCCGUCAAAGAAGCAUGUAAAGAAGCCUCCAUCCCAGCCCUUGCUAGAGCCUGUUGGUUCUGAUUUCUCUGCUGGUGCAACUCUUGCUGUUGGUGGGGACUUGCAGAAUGUUCCUCUAGCAGAUCAAGUGGGUAACCAUGAGAGGCCCAGCAAUAAUGAUGGGAUUUUGGAUGGUAGUCCCUUCCUUGCUGAAAGUAACCUGGACAAGGGUGAAGACCUAUCUACAGGGAAAGGUUUAUCCACAAAAUUUUGGCGGAAGCCUACUGCCGUUGACGAAAACCGCCGUGCAACAUAUAACAAGUCCAAUCAACCAGUUGUGAGGGCAGAGUCCAUAUUCACGACUUUCGACGGUGAAAUCAAGCAGCUUGUUGCUGUUGGGUUACAUGCGGAGAAUUCCUAUGCUAGAAGCCUCGCUCGUUUUGCUGCAACUCUUGGCCCUAUUGCUUGGAAAGUUGCCUCCCAAAGAAUUGAGCAAUCAUUGUCUGCUGGAAGCAAAUUCGGUCGUGGUUGGGUUGGAGAAUAUGAGCCCCUUCCAACUCCAAUUUUAAUGGUUGAUAAGCGUUUCAGCAAAGAAUGCUUCUUCAUCCCAAAUUCACAGCCAAACCUUGAUUCAAGAAAGGAUUUCAAAAUACCAGCUCCUGUAAGGGAAGAUCCUGUAAGCAACUCUGCAUCAGAGAUGAAACCAGGUCCAGUUCAUAUUUCCUCGCCGCACGGUUCUUCUGGGUUUAGACUGAAUGUCGCUGGUACUGCCAACCAUCAGCAACUACAAAGUCCAGUUUCCCGAAGCCCUGUAGGGACCGGCAGCAAGGUUAUAAAGCAAUUUGAAUUGAACUCUUUACCUCCGACCAGUCAAUGCGAUGGUGAUUUUGUAUUGGAAAAGAAGCGUAUAGAUAAUUCAGAUACAGGGGCUUUGAGGCCGGGAGAGAUCAACAUGAAGAACUUAAGCCAUCCGCAGAGGGAAGUUUCAGUUCCAGAUGCAGUUGCUUCCCGGUCAAAAGAGAUUGUAUCAGCUACCAUAAGUAGCCCACGAUCAAUGCCUUUUAAGCAGCCAGAUACUAGUGGAGUGGUGGGCAGAGGAUUAUCUAAUGGGAAAAUUGUAAACAAUGGCUUCGAUAAUGGCAGGCUUAGCUCCCCAUCUAAUGGUCUUCCAAAUGAAAUGCAAAGGCCACCUGCGUUUUUCCGCCGACAGGACCAAGGGCUCAGUGACCCAGUUCAGUUGAUGCGGAUGUUAGCUGAAAAUGCCCAAAAGCAACAGAAUCCUCAAAAACAUUCAGGUGAUAGUACACCAGCCGUGGCACCUCUAGUUUCUUCCAUGAGAAGAGAUACUUCCGGUAAUGCUGCUACAGCUGCUGCCUCUGUUUGGAUGUCUAUAGGAGGCGGCGGGUUUAAACAAGCCACAGAAAAUUCCUCUAGCCCGAGAAGUCAAAUUCCAACUACUACAAAUUCACCUUUCAACUCACCUCGUGAACUUCAUCAUUCACAAAUGGCACGGAUACGGGGUGAAUUUCCCACUUCUUCUGGAGGGACCUAUUUCCAACAGGAAAAGGGUAACAGUCCACUUCCACCACCAUUUAUGCAGCAGCAAAGUCCUGUCAGCCUACCCAAUGACGGACAGUUCUCAAAUCGACCAAUGGUUUUUCCCCAAUUGAUGAAUGCUAACUUGUCUAGGUUCCAGGCCCAGACCCCUUGGAGGGGUAUUGCUCCGCACAUGCAGCAGAGGCCAAAACAGGAAACUCUUCCUCCAGAUUUGAAUAUUGGGUUCCAGUCACCGGGAUCACCUGGGAGGCAGUCCUCUGGUGUUAAGAUGGACUCGCAGCAGCCUGACUUGGCCUUGCAGCUCUGAGCAUAGAUAGGUCUCUGCAUGAAAAUGAGUGAUUGCCAAGGAAUGGAGUGGAGCACAGCAGCCCUCUCCCAGGAUGAUGAAUAUUUCUCUGAGAAGGGACUGCAACAGGCCUGGUUGUUCCAUUAUCAGUGGAAAGGCAAGAUAAUCCAAUCCAGAUGACGUUGGAAGAUUUGAUGUCUUGAAUCUUGGAUUCAAUUGAUUGGUUGGAGAAGCUCGCCGGGUUCAUUUAUAUGAGUAGCUUUGCUUGAAUAAAAUAUAGAUCACAAAUCCCUGUUAGCUAAAAAGAGCAGAUUUAGGUUGGACAUAAGAAAUUUCCUGACGAUUAGACAGUUUCCGGUAGCUGGGGAUCAUUGUUGAGGACACUUAACCGGUGCUUUAAUGAUGCGAAAUUUCGGCUAAUGAUGGCAGAGUCGCCUCAUGGGGAUGUAAAACUGGGGAGGAUGAAUAUUUUUGUAUGUUGUGUAGGCUGCUUAAGAGUGUACGUUGCUAUGCGGAGUAGUUCGAUGACUUGUAGUCUUUGUACAUUAGAAACCAGCAGAUAUGAAAGGUUCGUUACUCAAGUUCAUUUA